AUGUCUUCGCCCACAGCUUCUGCACAAGAGCGGAGAAAGGGACAAUACAAGAGCCUUCUCUCUUACAGGACGCCAGAAUCCUCAUCCGUAUCGAGAAGGUUGUUUUCGACUGCAAAUGUGGGUCAGUUGGAUUGCUCAACUGAUCCGACAAAAUCAUUUCUGCGAGAGCGGUUCCAGGCGCGAUGUCGUGAGCACGCAAGGAAAGCAAGACAACGCGCCGUGAGCGAGCGGAGGGGAAGUAUGGGUAGUAGCGAUGCCGGAUUGUACUUUGACGAUGAAAUGGAUUGUGACGCGGAGGAAACGGACGAGGAUGUUUUGCAAGACGAGUUGUUCAGACGAAUCGUGGAAAGCGCCAAUCAUCGCGCGAGACAUGCCUUUCGACUAAGCUACUCCCUCGAAGUUGGGUCAUCCUUUGACCCGGACUUGGAGGACGUCAGUGUAUGGGAGAGCGAGCUGAGAGGUUCCGUGCAUGCACAGCAUCUAACCCACCAUGACCCCGAGGAAGAAUUGGUUGCAUAUGCCGAAGAAUAUGCCGCACUAGCUGACUUUGCCGACAUUGACCUUUCAGCAGAAGAGUUUUCGUCGUGGAGCGACGUUGAGGAUGAUAGCUUGGGACGUCCCCAAGCUGAGCGGACAGUGGCGGACCAGUACGAUCAGGAUAUGGAUAUGUCAUGA